AAAAGAGUAUUAUAGUUUUGAUGCGGGUGGCAACAUUUCCCACAGCAGAUAAAGAAAAAUUGUUUAUACCCUGCACCAAAGCGACGAUUAGCAGAAAACAGAGUUUCGUCAAAGCUCAGGCAGCUAACAUGUCCACAAGCGAUGGAGCUACGGGAAGCAAACAAGCGCGCCUGGUUAGCAAUCACAAUAGCAAGGAUUUGAAUGGCACAACAAGCGGAGGUGAUGCAGUCAACGCUCGUGACAAAGUGGCGCUAAUAACCGGCAUAACGGGACAGGAUGGCUCAUAUUUGGCCGAGUUUUUGUUGAAGAAGAACUAUGAGGUGCAUGGGAUCAUUCGGCGCGCCAGCACCUUUAACACAACACGGAUUGAGCAUUUGUAUGCGGAUCCGAAGGCGCACAAGGGCGGACGCAUGAAAUUGCAUUAUGGCGACAUGACGGAUAGCAGCAGCCUGGUGAAGAUCAUUAACAUGGUUAAGCCAACAGAGAUUUAUAAUCUGGCUGCACAAUCGCAUGUGAAGGUUUCAUUUGAUUUGAGCGAAUACACGGCAGAGGUUGAUGCCGUUGGCACGCUGCGCAUUCUGGACGCCAUACGCACUUGUGGCAUGGAGAAAUCGGUUAAAUUCUAUCAGGCCUCCACGUCCGAGCUGUAUGGCAAGGUUGUGGAGACCCCACAGAAUGAACAGACGCCAUUCUAUCCACGUUCGCCUUAUGCUUGUGCCAAGAUGUACGGCUUUUGGAUAGUGAUCAAUUAUAGGGAGGCCUACGACAUGUUUGCCUGUAAUGGUAUACUCUUCAAUCAUGAGAGUCCACGGCGUGGUGAGAAUUUUGUGACACGUAAAAUAACGCGAUCUGUUGCAAAGAUAUUGCUCAAUCAAAUGGAAUACUUUGAGCUGGGUAAUCUGGACUCGAAACGUGACUGGGGUCAUGCCAGCGACUAUGUGGAGGCCAUGUGGAUGAUGCUGCAGCGCGAUGCGCCAGCCGAUUUUGUAAUUGCCACUGGCGAGACGCACAGUGUGCGUGAAUUUGUUGAGGCUGCAUUUAAGCACAUCGGACGCGAGAUCACGUGGCGUGGAAAGGGUGUUGAGGAGGUGGGCGUAGAGCGCAACACUGACAUUGUGCGCGUGCGCAUCAAUCCUAAGUAUUUUCGGCCCACAGAGGUGGAUCUGCUGCAAGGCGAUGCCUCAAAGGCUAAACGCGAACUAAACUGGACGCCAAAAGUUAGUUUCUUGGAGCUCGUGAGCGACAUGAUGAACGCCGACAUUGAGCUAAUGAAAAAGAAUCCCAUUGCAUAGUGGGAUGUAUCACGACUUGGCAUAAACUGGCACAAAGUUUGAUUUAUACAUAUAUACAUAUAUAUAGGAUAUAGACUUAAGUAUUUAAAGUGUUUUGUGUAUGUGUGUUUCUCGACGGGAUUUGCAAUCAUUCCUUUGUUUUCUAUGCCGUA